UGAACCAAUCAUCACAUGAAUUAUAAGUGUCUUGCAUAUAUAUAUACAAGCAGAAAAGGUACACAUAGAAGGAACAAAAUAGAGUGCAAAACAAAGAAAAUGGGAAGCAAAGAUGUGAAGUUGGUGAGCUAUUGGGUGAGUCCGUUCGGUAAAAGAGCUGAGUGGGCAUUGAAACUGAAGGGUGUGGAAUAUGAGUACAUAGAAGAAGAUAUAUACAACAAGAGCAACCUUCUUCUUGAGCUGAACCCGGUCCACAAGAAGGUUCCAGUUCUUGUACAUGGCAACAAGGCAAUCGCGGAAUCAUUUGUGAUCCUUGAAUACAUCGAUGAAACAUGGAAGCAGUAUCCAUUGAUGCCUCACGAUCCUUAUCAAAGAGCUCAUGCUCGCUUUUGGGCUAUUUCUGCUGAACAAAAGGUUGGGGAAGGCUCAUGGAUUGCACUGAUUAAAAGCGGAGAAGAAAAGGAAAAGGCUCUGGAUAAAGCCUCAGAGGUACUUGAGAAGAUAGAGGAAGAGAUCAAGGGUAAGAAAUUCUUUGGAGGGGACAACAUUGGAUACCUUGACAUUGCACUUGGAUGGAUCCCUUGCAUUAUUCCCCUUUGGGAGGAAGUUGGGUCAAUGCAAAUAAUUGACCCUCUGAAGUUGCCAGCCAUCAAUGAAUGGAUGACCAAUUUCCUCAACCACCCUGUUGUCAAGGACUCUCUGCCCCCAAGAGACAAGGCCCUUGAUUACUUCCACUCUCUCAAAAAGAAAAAUGCACCUAAUUAAUUAUAUACAUAUGUAUGCUAAUGUGUCUAUGUGAGUUAUUACCAUCUAUUUUCUAUCGUUUAGUAAAAAGGAUGUGUCAAAAUGUUAUGAGUUGGUAAAUUGGUAUGAUAUGUGACAUUCAUACCAAGUUAUUGUGGAAGGCUUGCGUUGUGUUCUUUUUUCCAUUAAAACAUUGUCUUGUUUUGGAUGAAAUUUAUAACGUUGUGGCAACAAAUCAUGAUUUGAUGUA